GGAACAUUUAACAGCUUUAUAAAGUUCAAAAAUGUAAACAUCUUUCAAAGGUUCGUGUCCAAGAUAUGUUUUGAACCGGUUCUUCUUCCAAGUUCUGAGAAGACAAAAUUGUAAUAAAGCGCCGCGAUAUAUUUUCAAAUGAUUACUAAAAGUUUGCUUUAUUAAAAACAUAACAAAAAUGCCAAAUCGAAAGUGCUGUAUUACUCGAUGCACAUCAGUUGAAGGUCAAGAAAAAGAUGCCGGUGUUACUUUUCAUCGAUUUCCUCAUAAUGUAGUACAUGUAGAGAAAUGGCUAAAAGUAUGCAAACUCGAGAGCAACUUUAAGCCUACAAAGAAUACUUAUGUUUGUUCGAGGCAUUUCAAACGUGAAAAUUUUGCCAGUCAAGCUUCUGGAAAAUUCGUUUUAAAAUGUUUAUCAGUUCCAUCCAUCUUUCCAUGGAAUAAGAAUACUAUUGUCACUCCAAAGAACAAUAACUCACCCGCAACAUCAAAGCCAUCAUCUCCACCUCAGUCAAGUUCUAACCGUUCAUCAGUAGAAGCAGCAAAGGAAUCAUCGAAAGUCAAUCAAGCAGAUUCCGGAUCUGACAAGAAAGGUGAGGACAUCAGCGCAACACCAACAAGUGAAAAAAAUACAAGCAGCAAGAAGAAAAAUAUUUCUCCUAAGAAGAGUUCACCUGAAAAAACAAAAAAGUCAAAAAGACUUUCCGCAAAGAUUGCAUUAAAAAUUAAAGCUGAAAAUUUACCACCUGCAACUCCUGAGAAAGUGAAGGAAACUCCUAUUGACGGAACACCUAAAAAGAAAAAUCAAAUCUUAAACUUCGUACCUGGUUCGACAAUAGAAGCUCAAAAUUUUGAUGAGAAAUGGAUUCAAGUUAAGGUCAUUGAAGUGGACAUGGAUGAACGUGAAGUCCUUGUGAGAUCGUGUGACAAAACUAAUAAAUCAAAAACAGGAAUUAACGAUGAAUGGAUUUCAAUGGAUUCACCACGCUUACGACCAGCGCAACCAAUUGUCACGUUUGAAAUUGGAGAAAAAGUUUUAGCAAGGUGGAAUGAUUGUAGGAAAUUUCCAGCAACUAUUAAAAGAAUUCUUGACAAUGACACUUAUGACGUUCUUUUUGAUGAUGGAUAUCCAAAAAUUGUUCGUGGAAUUCACAUUAACAAAUAUUCAGCUAAGAAUCAACCGAAAACACAAACACAGGAAACAACAGUGCCGGUGGUUAUUAAUCCAUUGCUUUUGAAUCCACCAAGCUUGAUUCCAGACUACAUAAAAGAAAUGAAAGACAUUCGCAAAGCUCCAACUGAAGGUGAAUGGUGUUGUACAUGGGUUGACGAUAUUCCUGUCGGUCAGGAGUCAUCAUUUGAUGGCCCUCAUGGGAAACUGCCAAGCAUCAUUGUGCCCGAUUGGAGAGUGAAGGAAGGAUGGCAGAAACAUAUUUAUUUAAGACAAAAUGGUAAAUGGGACGUGCUGUUUAUAAGUCCAACGAACAGAAAACUUCGAUUUAAAAGUGAACUGAAGAAUUAUUUGUUGGAAAUCGGCGAAAUUUAUGAUCCUGAAGCUUGGGAUUUUAGUUUACAAAAGAAACGUUCAAAACUGCUUGGACUUUGUGUGGUAACUAAUAACUUUAAAAAUCAGAUGCUUUCAUCAAGUUUCGAUGUCCAAACUGAGAAUUCGAACGCUUCUCAAAUAUACAACAAUCCAUUUGCUUCACUUGGUGCUCUUCCAUAUGUUCAACCGAAUUUAAUUUUCCCACCACCAAUGCAAACAACAGUUCGGGUUGGAGCUUUACAAGUGAAAGUCGUUGACAAUAUUUAUCAAUGUCCACAAGAAGGAUGUGACAAAACAUUUCGUAAAGAGAAUCAUUUGCAAUUACACAUCAAACAUUAUCACGAAGAUCUGGCGAAACUUAUGGGUGAGUGUUUGAAUAUGGAAGAUUUGGCUUAUUUAAGAACGACUGUUGAUGAGCCUGAAAUUGCACCAACAAAACCAACGAGAAAAUCGCAUGGACCGAAGUUACGUCCUGAAAGUAUGAAGGAAGUCAACAUUUCCAUUGAACGCUAUUCGCCAGCUGAUUCAAAGUUCCAUAUGCAACGUUCACCGAUUCUUGAAGAAGCUUUGAAGGCUCCGAUUGUGACAAACAACAGUUCUGUAUCGACUUCUAAUGGUAAUAAAGGUGAGAAGGAUGAGGUCGACAUUGAACAAAGUUCAGAUCUCAUGUCUUAUAACUCUUUUGAUCCAGAAACUUUAAUUCCACCGUAUGCUGUCAGUAAGCCUGGUCAUGUACGAUUUGGAGGGAAUCGUAAGAGAUUGAGAGCGAAAUUUAAUACAAAAAUGAAGAAGCAAGGAACAAAAAAGCGUCGUAUGGAAACUUACGCAACUGAAGAUGAAAUUCUUUCGCCUCAUUCAACUGUUCAAGGAAUUAUUCCGUAUCAUGAAGGUCCCUACUUUAAGAAUCAAUCGAGUUAUGUUGAUGAAAACGGUGAAGUUAUUAAGAUCGUACGAAUGAAGAAGGAAGAAAUUAUAAAUUGCAUUUGUGGGUAUGGAGAGGAAGAUGGUUUGAUGGUUCAAUGUGAGUUGUGUUUAUGUUGGCAGCAUGGCUUAUGUAAUAACAUUGAGAAACCUAAUCAAGUUCCUGAGAAUUAUGUUUGCUUUAUCUGUAAGAAUCCCCAUCGACAACGCGUGUCUCAAAAGUAUAUUCAUGACCAAGAAUGGUUGUAUGAUGGGAAACUCCCGAUUGCAAAUUAUCAUAUUUCGAACCCUAAGCAGCCUUCUCGAUUCGAGACAUUGAAGCAAUGUCAUACGUUGAUUGGGAAUCUCAAGGAAAUGAAACGUUUCAUGAACAGCUUGGAUGUGAAGAUAAAUAUUGCUGAAAAGCAAGGACAUCCUAAACUUUAUUUAUGGGCGAAGAAAUGGGAACAAAGUCCGCCAAGACCAUCAAACAACGAGAAUGAUUCGAAAGAUGAUGUGAAGGGAGAUAUUAAGAUGGAAGAAGGGGAACAAUCAUCUCUCAUUCUACCCAUGAUUCCAGAACCAGAAGUUGCAAUUGAACCUGCUAAAUGUCAACAAACUCUUCUUGAUCAUAUUCAAUUUCAACAAAAAUCUGUGAAAUCGCGUUUAGAGACGAUUGAUGAUGAAAUAACUGCACUCGAAGAAGCAAGCACAAGCAAACUUAAUGGAAAAGUUAAUAUUGAUGAUGCAAGAAUGAAACAAACUGUUCACAUGCUGAUCAAAGAUUUGAUGAAAAUGAACGAGAUAUCAUCAAUUCAUCGAAAUUAAAACAUUUUUCAUUUAUUAAUUAUCGUGUAGAACUUUUAAAAGAAUAAAUAAAAUAAAUUUUUGAAUUUUAUUCACAGUCAGUCUUGUUCAUUUGAUUUUCUGUUUCAUCUUUGAAUGUAAAUUGCAUU